AUGCCUCGAGUUGCCAAUCCGCCUGCAGGCAGCCGCCGCACUGCAACCCGAAACAUUGCAGCCACACCGAACAAACAAGCACCUGUGAAACUUGCUCUGAAUGAUGACAGAGGCGAGAAAGCUGCGCGCUUGCAGUCGAGACAAGCACUGCAGGAAAUACAUAUGAACGAGAUUCGAGCCGCAGCAUCCCCAAUGCGCAAGAUCAACCAAAACAACUACGCCCGCGCGGCGUCGGAGUCACCGCGCACCCCGCGAACCUCAGCAACACACGACGCGCGACGACGAGUAUCAAGAGGUCAGCCCAGCAAUGAACCGAACAGCCCCGGCCAACUCGAUGUGAUCGGAGGGAACGCGGUCACACCUAUGAAGCGCGUGCCCAUCCUCGCCAACUUCGAAGAAUGGAUGAAGAUGGCAACCGACAACAAGAUCAACGCAGCCAACAGUUGGAAUUUUGCCCUCAUCGACUACUUCCAUGAUAUGAGCUUGUUGAAGGAAGGUGAUGGUGUAAACUUUCAGAAGGCCAGCUGCACGCUCGAUGGCUGUGUCAAGAUUUAUACCUCCAGAGUCGACAGCGUCGCCACGGAGACUGGCCGACUACUUUCUGGCUUGGCUGAUAGCGCCGAGGGCAAGGGCAAAAAGUCGAGGGAGAGUGGAGAAGAUGAUGACGCGGAGGGCGAGGAGGAUGAAGAGGAUGAAGAGGGAAACAAAAAGCCCAAGAAGAAAAAGGCUGCCAAAAGCCAUGAAGCAACUCUUGCACCUAGCUUCGCCAGCCUUCAAUUGAAGAAGCUGGAGCUUGAGUUCUCGGUAGAUCCACUGUUCAAGAAGGCGUCGGCCGAUUUCGAUGAAGGUGGUGCAAAAGGCCUCUUGCUCAAUCAUUUGAGCAUCGAUUCCGAGGGCCGCAUCGUGUUCGACAGCAGUGACGAUGCGGGCGACGUCUCCCUUGACUCUGAGCAGCAGGCUGAGGAACAAGAUGAAUCAUCGGAGGAUGCAUCGCAGCCGCCAACACCCAGGCCAGCUUCUUCCCAGACGGAGCCCGAGGUCGAGACCGAGAUCGACCUGUCGUCUUUGGCUUCCAAAUUCUUUCCGGAUCUAUCGAUCCUCGACAACCAAGACAUCUGUCCAAGCAUGAAGACCUUUGCUCUAGGCUCUUCCGACCUCACUUUGCCCUUCCUGAAAGCUCCCGAUGACUGGCGGGAGAAAGCCAAAGAACCAUCACCACCACCAGCACUUGAUCCCAAUCUCAAUCUCGCUGAACAAUCCGGGAUAUUCCUGCAUGAUGCCCCUGACAUGGCCUUUGAUGAUGACGAUGGCAUUGGCGGCUUCGACAUGAACAUGCCUGACAAUGUUGGCUUUGGCGAAGGAGGUGAAGCCUGGGCACGCGACGCUGCGCUCGAGAAUCAAUUGCAGCCGGUAUCCCGCGGCGACGAAAUUGAUGAUAAUCUCGAUGCUGAUGGAGAAUUUGCCGUCAGUCUGGAUCACCGAGAUCGCUAUCGCACCGAUCAACUCGAGCAUGAAGGUCUGCUAGAAUACUUCUCCAAAGCGUUCAACUCUCGCGCAAAAGUUGGUACCAAGCAAUUCGUCACACUCGAGAAUUGGCGGAUACAAAAGCUACAGAAGUCUCGCUCAUCUGAAGGGCCAGAAGGCACCAAACCUACACGAACACGCAAGGAAAAAGAACCAUUUUUCAUCGAUUUUAAAUCCCCCAUGUCCGAGUCACUUCAGGAUCUUCUUGAUGCUCCACCAGUCAGCAACUCCCAGAUCUCCUUGCCCAAGAGCAGCUGGCGCACCAAAGGUCGGAACCUGCUCGACCGGGACGAUGAGAUGGUAGAUGUCGAGAAGCUGAUGCGACUAUGGAUCAAGCCGCGGUGUCGUGUUGGGCGUCGGAAGAAUGGCGGCUACGGCGUUGUCGAUGAGGGUUACGGCGCACGCGGCCUUCAGCAGCAAGAUGACAAUGACGAGGGUAGAAAGGGUGAUUACGAUGCCAAUUUCUUCGCUGACGGAGACGACGUCAAUCCUUACGAUGUACCGUUGCCAAUUGAUGACGACGAUGACGACGGACUGGGAUUCGGGAUUGAUGAGGGCCUGGGCAUCAACGGGGGAAACGAUGACUUUGUUGACGCGCGCGAGAUGCUUUCGCCCGGUCCCGAACGCCAAUUACAAGGCGACUUGGAUGCCACUCUGGCGCUGGAUGCACUAGGACAGGAUAAUAUCCUCGCCAGUGCCGAAGCUGCAGAUGACGCUGCCGCCACACAAACAGACGACAAAGAUCUACCCCCCGGCAGCUUUGGCAGUCAACUAGUCACACAACAAGGACGGCGAAUGAGACCCGAAUAUGUCAACUAUGCAAGAACAGCGAAGAAGGUGGAUGUCCGGCGACUGAAGGAGAACAUGUGGAAAGGCAUGAGCUCAACGCUCAUGAACGACAUCGAUCACGUGUUGGCGAGCAAGCCGGCCCUCCCUCCUCCGCAACCAGUUGACAACGGCGAGGACGUGGACAUGAUGGACGUCGACGCACCUACUGCUGCUGCUGCUGCUGCUUCAUCGCCAGAAGACACGCGUCCCGCGACCCCGGCCGACGGUGAUGGGUCCGAGCUGCGCUUCACGCAGAUGAUCUCGGAUCUGCAGAAGGUGUACCCAGCGCAGCAGAUGAAGGAUAUCAGCACCAGCUACUGUUUUAUCUGUUUACUGCACUUGGCGAACGAGAAGGGGUUGGUGCUGCAGGGGGAUGUUGGCGAAGGGAGCGACGAGGGUCAGGGUCAGGGUCUCAUGCAGGAGAUCACGGUUAAGAGGGAUGUCAAUGUUGGGCCGGGGUAUGAGGGCGAAUAA